UUUUAAUAAAAACAGCUAAGGUCUAUCUUGCCCCCUUUUCACUCAGUAAUUACCAGCUAGACCAGCUUAUGUGCCCCAAAUCCCUAUUAGAAAAGAAUUCUAACAAUGAAGUUGUGUGUAAGAAGACUAAAAUAAAGAAAACUUGCAGAAGGAUUAUACCUCCAAAGAUGAAAACCACGUCUUCUAAGUCUGAAUCCACGCUGCAAUAUUCAUCCUCAGUUGUUCAUACUGAAAGUAACAAGCUACAACCCAAGAGAACGGCAGAUGCGAUGAAUCUCAGUGUUGAUGUGGAAAGUAGUCAGGAUGGAGACAGUGAUGAAGAUAUCACACCAGGCCUGGAUGAUUUUUCGGGAUUGUCACUCUACGAAAGGAAGAGACUGAAGAACAUAUCAGAAAAUGCAGACUUUUUUGCUUCUCUUCAGUUGUCUGAGUCUGCUGCAAGACUCCGUGAAAUCAUAGAGAAGAGACAGCCUCCUAAAUCCAAGAGAAAGAAGCCUAAGAGAGAAAAUGCGGUUGGAUGUAGAAGGUCAAUGCGAUUACUAAAAGUUGAUCCUUUGGGAGUUUCAUUACCAGCAACUCCAACACCGCCGACGUUAGUAGCAGAUGAAACUCCUUUGUUACCUCCUGGGCCUUUAGAAAUGACUUCUGAAAAUCAAGAAGACAAUGAACGAUUUAAAGGAUUUCUACACACAUGGGCAAGAAUGAACAAGCCAAGUAGUAAGAACACCGAGAAAGGAUUAUCUAGCAUUAAAAGCUACAGAGCCAAUUUAAAUGGCAUGGUCAUUAGUGAAGAUACUGUUUACAAAGUUACCACAGGCCCAAUAUUCUCUAUGGCUCUCCACCCAUCAGAGACUAGAACUUUGGUAGCAGUUGGGGCCAAAUUUGGGCAAGUUGGACUUUGUGAUUUGACCCAGCAACCUAAAGAAGAUGGAGUUUAUGUUUUUCAUCCCCAUAGUCAACCAGUUAGCUGUCUUUACUUCUCACCCGCCAAUCCGGCCCACAUACUGUCACUGAGCUAUGAUGGCACGUUACGCUCUGGGGAUUUUUCCAGGGCUAUUUUUGAAGAGGUGUAUAGAAAUGAAAGAAGUAGCUUUUCCUCCUUCGACUUCUUGUCAGAAGAUGCCUCCACUUUGAUAGUAGGACACUGGGAUGGAAAUAUGUCACUGGUGGAUAGACGGACACCUGGAACUUCUUAUGAGAAACUUACCAGUUCUUCUAUGGGAAAAAUAAGAACUGUUCAUGUCCACCCAGUGCAUAGACAGUAUUUUAUCACUGCCGGAUUGAGGGAUACUCAUAUUUAUGAUGCAAGGCAACUGAAGUCCAGGGGAAGUCAGCCUUUGAUUUCUUUGACUGAACAUACAAAGAGCAUUGCUUCUGCCUAUUUUUCACCUGUUACUGGUAACAGAGUGGUGACCACAUGUGCCGAUUGUAAUCUGAGAAUUUUUGACAGCAGCUGUGUAUCUUACAAGAUUCCUCUCCUCACCACCAUCAGGUAG